AUGGACCAGGGGAACUGCCGUGUGGAGAGCCCUGGACCUGUCGGGGUGAAGGAGGCCUGCCCCCGGGGCUACCGAGCUCCAGGCCUGCUGCUGCUGCUGCUGCUGCUAGUGGGGGCUGGGGCCGUGGCCGGAGGGCUUCUUGGCUUCACUCACGGCCCUCCCCAGCUGCUCCGCCUGACCGUCCCAAGCCCCCGGGCCAACCAGACCACCCUGGUGGAUGUGGCCCAGAACACGGCCACCGUCACCGUGACCCCCUUCCAGAGCAACAGCAGCUGGGUGGUGUUAUUCGACGGGCAGAGUGACUGCGUCUGUUACCGGCCCGCAGGGCACCAGGCCUGCUUCCUGCGCCCCAUGGAGCCCCGGGAGCGGGAGACCCUGCAAGAGCUGGUGAACACCUCGAGGGUGAGCAGGGCCCGAGGCCCCAGCCAGGAUGCCAGCCACACCCAAGAGCUGCUGGCCGUGCUGGGGAGGCACGAGGUGGACCCCACCCAAGUGGGGGCUGCAGUGCUGCACCUCUGUGCACAGACACCCAUCUACCGAGCCCGUCGCACCAAGGGGCCCCUGCAGCAUCGGCUCAUCUACCUCUGUAUCGACAUCUGCUUCCCCGGCAACAUCUGCGCGUCAGUCUGCUUUUAUUACCUCCCCGACUGA